AUGAAUGCAAGAUCAUGCUGUAGUAUGAGCCAUCAGACAAAAAGCACUCCUCACAGUCCUGGGAUGAUCAAUGGACAGCAGAUCCCACCUAUUAGAGUUUACGCAGGAACUCCAAGCUCUUCAUCUAACAGUAACACACCAAGCCCAGCUAUUGGAAGCCUAUCUACCAGCUUACAUUUAAAGACAUUCCUUGGAGGAGGGGUAACUCCUCAGAGCAAUGUUAAUGAUAGCAAUAUUCACUUCCCGGCUUUAAGUCCCAGGAGGCAAAUGAUUACAAAUGGGAAGCCUUUAUUCCACAUCCCACAAGCUCCAGGCCUACCAGCUCCACAAUCACUGAAGCCAAAACAGCAGGAAUUUGGAAACAGUUUCCCUAUAAGUACAGUGAAAGGAGGUAGUACCUAUGGCUUUCGGUGCAAGACUAUUGGGAAAAGCAGCUGCAACAACUUAAUAGUCACCAACAGUCCCAUGAUGGUUCAACGUCUGGGACCUCUGUCUCCUCCUGCAAACCAGGUCUCAACAGCAUGCAACCAAAUCAGUCCUAGCUUGCAGAAUGCUACGAACUCAAAUAUACCUCCAUCAGAUACAAGGUCACUCAUGUCACGUGAAUCUUUGGCAUCCACAACUCUAAGCCUGUCAGAAAGUCAAUCUAUACAAAGUGUAAAACAAGAAUGGUUUCAUGGUUACAGGAUUUUUCCUUCUCUUCCUUCCAACCAAGGCUCCCAAAAUGGCAGUGAACUAGGGGAUAUCACAAGUGUCCCAUCUGGAACAUCCCUGUCCAACAAUGUACCUAACUCAUUACCAUCUUACUUGUUGGGUAUGGACCACAACCAUUCACCCUAUCCUAGUCCUCACUAUUCUUCAAAUAGGUCUCAUUCUGCCAAAAAGAGGGCCCUUUCCUUGUCCCCAUUGUCUGAUGGCAUUGGAAUUGACUUCAAUACAAUUAUCCGUACAUCCCCCACUUCUCUUGUUGCUUAUAUUAAUGGUUCAAGAACAUCUCCAUCAAAUAUGUCCCCUCAACCUGAGGUCUAUGGGCAUUUUUUAGGAAUAAGGGGAAGUUGUAUUCCCCAGAGUUGCUCUAUUCCAAAUCCUCAAAAAAGGUUUCUUGUGGCUAAUGGUAGUGUUGCCCUCCCAGGGUGCAGUGAAAAUGGAAACACUGAAUACCAACGCAUGCAACAGCUGGAGCAAAAUAGCUUACAGAAAGCAGUCACAAACAACAUGGUUGUUCAACAAGGUAUGCCUGUGCUAGACAACCAAUCUAUAGGAAUAUUUAAAAAUGGACAAAUGGAUGUUUUCUCUAGGAGUACAAUUGAUAUUCCCUCUGCUCGUUCGCCGGCUCUCUCUGCUCUUCCUCCCCCACAUGGUCCGCCUCCACCAUACCAUGCACAUCAACAUGACCUUGUAAACCAUUCCCACCAGCUUUCCCUGCCACCAACUGCCAAAGGCCCUGUCUUAGAUGAGGAUGGUGAACUAGAUGAUUUUAAUGGCAAACACUGCUGUCAAUGGAUAGACUGCAGUGCUACUUAUGACCAGCAAGAGGAACUUGUGCGGCACAUAGAAAAAAUUCACAUAGACCAGAGGAAAGGAGAAGAUUUCACUUGUUUCUGGACUGGGUGUCCUCGAAGAUACAAGCCAUUUAAUGCCCGUUAUAAACUGCUGAUUCAUAUGAGAGUGCAUUCAGGAGAGAAGCCAAACAAAUGUACGUUUGAAGGCUGCAAGAAGACCUUUUCUAGACUAGAAAAUCUCAAGAUUCACUUUAGGAGCCACACUGGAGAAAAGCCUUACCAUUGUCAGCAACCAGGCUGUCAAAAAGCAUUCAGUAAUUCCAGCGAUCGAGCCAAGCACCAGAGGACGCACCUGGAUACGAAACCUUAUGCUUGCCAGAUUCCUGGAUGCACCAAACGAUACACGGAUCCAAGUUCUUUAAGGAAGCACGUAAAGGCCCACUCCUCCAAAGAUCAACAGGCUAGGAAAAAGUUGCGCUCAAGUACAGAGCUUGACCAAGACAUCCUCAGUGACUGUCUCACUAUCCAUCCUCUCCAGCCAUCCCCAGUUCCGCAUGACACAUCAGAUAACACCAGCAGACGAUCACCAGGACCUAUCCAUGACAUUUAUGCAGGUGCACUGUUCUCCAGCUCUCAUUCAAGUCAAAGUGGAACUGCUGCCAGUAUUGGGCCUCCAUCCCACUCCAUGAGCCACUCUUCACCAAGUCACAAUGUACAGGGUGGCUCACAUAACCCUCCAGACCACAUUCCCCCUCUUGCAACAGUGGACUCAGGAACUGAAAGAUUUUCAGCUACUGCUCCCUUCUCUCCUCACCAUAUAAGCCCCAGAAGAAUUCCUGCUCACCCUCCCUCGAAUCAGAAAAGGACACUUCAGAGUUCCACUACCCAGCAAAUUGUGGGAACCCAUGUGAAGACAUAUGAGCCAUUAACAAAUUCCCCUUUCCAACCAAACAGCAUCCAAAUCCAAGGUGUUUAUGGGCAACUGCAAACUUUCUGUUCUCCACAUUAUACUGACAAUCAGAGAAGUAUACAACAUGUUGGUACUUGCAAUAUGGUUCCUCCUUUUGAAGACUGUUUUGUACCCACAUCUAUGGCUCAGUCAGGUUUCGAUGUUUUCCAUACAGCAUUUUCAGCUCAUUCUGGUAUUACAGUUUAUGAUCUUCCAUCAGGCUCCACAGGUCUCUUUGAUGAAUCAUUGCGCAAUGCUGCUGAGGACUCCAGUUUCCUUCAGAUAAAUGCUGUAGAUCGUUGUCCCAGUCAACUUUCAUCAGUUUAUACCGAAGGUUGAUGAAGGCAAAAGCA